AUGAGUAAUUUAAUAGAUGCCCAUUGGUUUCCCUUAACAUCACAAGGAAAUAUUUAUUCAAUGACAAAAUUAUGUUGUACUAAUGGUUCCAAUAAAGUAUUAGUGGCUUCUUUGAAAAGAAAGAUAUAUACCUGCGAAUACCAUUUGAUGCCAAAUUUGCAUUUGAGACCAUUGGUUAAGGAAUUAUUGUUUACAUACAUUCCAAGUGGUGCAGAAAUUAUAUCAAUUGAUGCUUAUAAUAAAUCUGAUACCAGCGAUGGAUUUGUGAUAGGAAUAACAAUUAUUAAAGUAAGCACAGAUACAUCUGUAGAAAGAUACUUAAACAUAUAUACAGAAGGUGCCACAGAUGGAGAGGGAGAUGAAUGCAGUUCCAUUGAAGCUAUAGCACAAAAUUGUUUAAUGGUAGAAUUGGCAUAUACUCCUUAUCAUUUAUACCAUACUAUACUACCACAACUAAAUUCUCACAAUGAGGUUGUUUGGUUGUUAUCUGGAAGCGAUUACAGGAUUCAUAUGAUCAGGGAAGAUAAACUAAACCAUGGUUACAGUGAAUCACCAAUUGAAAAAUAUUUCCCUGAGCUGCAUGAUAUUCAGGCAAUUUCGUUAUGGAUUAAUAUCUACUAUUAUGAUAACUAUAACUGGAGACUGACUGUAAUUGGUUGUGAAUGUGGUUUGGUCAAAGUAGCUAUCGUUAAUGUUUUAGAACUGAAAGUCCGUCGAAGUUGGAAACUACGAUAUGACACACCUAUCUGCAGUGUAUGUGUAUUUCCACAACAGAAUAACAUUACAAAACCUAGUUUCAUAAAGCCUAAUGGUUCAAAACAUUCUUCAAGCAAUACAGAAACAAAGUUAAAUAUUCUUAUUGUAAAUACAUGUAAUGCAGUUGUUUUCAUGGACAUCUUAAAUAAGGGAAUGGAUGAAGACAUAAGAUUAAAUGGUAGUGAAACAUCUGACUGCAUUUUAUGUUCCUGCAUUGCUGACAUCAACAUGGACGGGCAAAAUGAAAUAUUAUUAGGAACAUAUGGUCAAGAAAUUCUAAUAUUUUCAUUCAUAAAUGACACAUGGGAAUUGAUUGUCAGAAAGUUAUUCAAUGCACCUGUACAUUCUAUAUGUUACAUGGACAUAACAAAUGAUGGACUGAAAGAACUUAUUGUUCUCACACAACGUGGAGUGCAUAUAUUACAGCAUAAUAUCGCUGACGUAAAAGAUGAAUGGAAAAAAAGAUAUCAAAGACUAAUCGGAAAAAACAAAACAUAA